GAAUCUCUCUUAGGGCUUCGUCUAUAUCGCAGAUCGGACUUUUUGUUUCCAAUCGCCGACCGUAUAAUCUGAUAAGAUGUCUGCUACUCAGGAAGAAGACAAGAAGCCCGACCAAGGAGCUCACAUCAAUCUCAAAGUCAAGGGACAGGAUGGUAAUGAAGUCUUCUUUAGGAUCAAGAGAAGCACUCAGCUCAAAAAGCUGAUGAAUGCUUACUGUGACCGUCAGUCUGUGGAUUUCAACUCAAUUGCUUUCUUGUUUGAUGGGCGUCGUCUUCGUGCCGAGCAGACUCCAGAUGAGCUUGAAAUGGAAGAUGGAGAUGAGAUUGAUGCAAUGCUCCAUCAGACUGGUGGUGGUGCUAAUGGCCUGAAGCUGUUCUGCUUUUAGUGGCUAUUUUAAUGGUUUUCCAUAAGAUUGUGUGAUAUUAAUGGAUUUAGUGAAUCGGCUUUAGAUUAAAUUUGGCAGGCUUUGUUUUACUUUGACCAGUUUCUACUUACUGGUUAAAGUCUAUGUGAAUCAUGAACUUAUUGGAUCUUAAAAUAUUAAUGGGCUUGUUUAUGGGUUUUUGGAAUCUUUUUAUUGGCUUUAGCUUAAACUAAACGCACAAGUUGCCG